CUCCUCCCUCCUCAAGUGUCAGUUUUGGAUUCGAUCCGCCGUUUGAGCGCAUCGUAGCGCGGCGGCGACCGUCCCUCGCUUGACGGAAAUAAUUACCUCCGCCGCAGCGGCGGUGGACUCGUGCAAACCUCAUUGCUCAGUUCCCACCCCCAAAAUGCAAUCGCUCUUAAUAGCAGCCACUGAAGAAUCACAUAUUUUUUUGCGACUCUUCAGUAGUAUUAUCCAAACCCUAGACUCCAUCAAUGAUUCUAUUCCGCAGAUCUUUGCGGACAUUUUAUGCAGAAAAUCCAAUGCUCAUAAUUUUCCUGAUCAAAGGAAGAGCCAUUUUUCUGGCUAUUGGUGGACUUGUAGAAGGCGUGGUCUGCUUACAUGUGCUCUGCAGAAUUUGUUUGAGUCCACUGGGGAUCAAUACCAGCUAAGAACAAGGGAUUGGCUCUCCCAAAAUAGGGGUUGCAACGAUAACAGAGAUCCAGGUGCAGUUUUCAAUGUAUUGGACACAAUGCUGAAAGACAGCUUGGAGCGUUUGAAAACUAUGAGGGAAAACAUAUUGUGCACAGAUGCUGACCUUAUUGGCCACAAUUUAAAAACCAAUUACACUCAACAUGUUGUCAGUAUUAGGGCAUUGUGUUUGGAAGGCAAGCUGGCGGCAGGGCUUUGGAUUUGGGAAAAGAUGAUCCAGAAUGGUGCAAGUCCUGAUGUUCUUACACACAAUUACAUUGUAAAUGCACUUUGCAAAGCUGGUGAAAUAGAGAAGGCAGAUUGGCUGGUUAGAGAGAUGUUAUAUCAGGGUCCCACUCCCAAUUGCGCUAUCUGCAACACUUUAAUGAAGGGUUAUUGCCUUAUCAAUAACGUGGAUAGGGCCCUUGACCUUCUCUCUACAAUGGCAAAUUGUGGUAUUACACCAAAUAGAAUCACAUGUAACAUUCUUGUACAUGCACUUUGCAAGAAAGGACUAGUGGAGAAUGCAAGAAGACUUGUUGACGAAAUAUUAGAUGAAAGGUCUAACAAUGAAAGCUCAAGUUUAAUCACUAAAACAAUAUUAAUGGAUAGAUACUUUAAGAAUGGAGAUCUGGCUCAAGCACUCACUUUUUGGGAAGAGAUAUUUCAGAGGGAUACCCAAAUGGAUGUUGUUGCAUAUAAUGUUAUUAUUCAUGGAUUCUGUUUGACUCAAAAUGUGACCCUUGCAUAUAAAUUCCUACCUGAAAUGUUUAAAAGUGGUUUUCUUCCUGAUGUUUUCACUUACAACACUCUUAUAAGUGCACUUUGUAAGGAAGGAAAGACUGAUGAGGCUUGUUAUCUCUACAGUGUUAUGUCAAGAAUGGGUGUUGCUCCUGAUCAAAUAACAUAUAAAUUGCUUAUUCAAGGCCUCUGUAUUCGGGGAGAUGUUGUUAAGGCUAAUGAAUUUCUCCAUUUUAUGUUAGAGAAUGUAGUUGUACCUGAGCCUCUUCUCUGGAAUGUCAUAAUUGAUGGCUAUGGGAGAUGUGGAGAUAUUAAAACAGCAUUCUCCAUUAGAGAUCAAAUGAUGGAAUUUGGUAUCUUGCCUAACAUAUUUACUUAUAAUGCCCUGAUUCAUGCUCACGUGAAAGAAGGAAAAAUUGUUGAAGCACAUAUUCUAAAGAAGGAGAUGCUCUUAAAUGGCCUGUUUCCCGAUUUGGUAACCUAUAACCUACUGCUAACUGCCGCUUGUAAAGAUGGGGAUAUUCAUUCUGCUUUGCAGAUACAUGAUGAAAUGUGGAGAAGAGGUUAUGAACCAGAUAUCAUAACUUAUACAGAACUCAUUAGAGGUUAUUGCAUGAGAGGUAAAAUAAAGGAGGCAAAAGAACUUUUUGACCAGAUACAGAGGUCUGGUUUACUUAUCGAUCAUGUUCCUUUUCUAAUACUAAUGAAAAAAUAUUGCAAGAUGGGAAAUCUUGACAGGGCAUUUGACCUUUAUCAAAUAUGGCAUGGAAGGGAAAGAGAAUGUGUUUAGUGAUUAAUUUUUCUAAUGCAUGGGCAGUAAUAGCCAGUUUCUGAAGAUCCCAACCCCUUUUGGUUUUUUAGUUGUUGAUCUUGUAUGUAAAGGGGCUCGAAUUUCUGUGGAAAAGUUGAUGUGCUGCAUCUCAUUCUUGUUACUGUGCCUAGUUCCCCUGAAUACCAAGUUUGGUAAUGAUGAAAGCUUCAAUGGCUAUUUUUCUGCACAAGGGGAGACAACAAUGGAAGAGAUCCCUCAUCAAUUCAACUGUUUGUCCCACUUGGUCAUAUCUUUAGCUAACUCGGUCAAUUGAGUUUGCCAAACAUGGCAGUGUAUCUGCUUGUAUCAGCUGUUACAAUUUAUGCUCUCCAAAAGAGGUAUGCAUGCCAGUACAGAAGUUAAGAAUGGCAUCUUUGAGAGCUGGCGAACCCUUUUAGCUGCCAAAUGGAAAUUGGACCGUCCAUAAUGGAAACGAAGAUUGUUAUUUAUUGUACAUAUAACAAAUAAUAACAUCAAGAAGUUAGCGGAUUUCUUCCCUGAUGUCCCAGCACUGUGGUAGCGGGCUAUAAUCAAUUAUAAAGAAAAAUGGAGUUUAUUUCACCCAUUUUUUGCAGGUCCACUGUUGAGAUUGUCAUGAAUCUUUGAUGUCUCUGGAAUGCCUUUACUAGGGGACGGGCAAAGACCCUGUUCCCUAAUGAGCAGCGUCGGGUACAAAGGUCGGUGCUACUGUUGCUUGGUGGACGAGGCUGGCUGGUGUUGAUGGCUUAUGAAGCAUGUAACCAGCGGCAACUAAUGUCUGGUGAGCUGUCUCUGAUCGUUUGGCCUGACUGAACGUAUCAGGCUUUAUGGCAUAAAACCAUUUGAAGCGGCUGCCUUGGGGUUCACUCGCUUUCCUUGUCCAUGAAUCUCACCACCAUGUUCGAUUGCACAAAGUUAAUAUGUGCUGUAGUAACUGUGUGCAAGUGUUUGGCCAAUAUGACAACUUGGAAAUGUAAUAAAGUAUAUGCAGAUUUGCAUACCCCUUUUGUGUUCCAAGGGGGAACGAAUGAGGAAACGAUCGAAGGGUUUCUCCACUUGCCUCCCAUCCUGAAUUCCUGGAAUCGCAUUGGUUAACUCAACGUAGAUUUGUCAAAGCCGCUUGUAGUCCUGCCGGCACUGCGAUUGCUGCUGCUUUUGUUUGAUACAGUUUGCUCGCUUGAUUUAUUUAGUUUUUGCUGCUUUCCCUGGCCAAUACCUUUAGGCCAAGCCUCCAAGGCGCGGGGAAAAGAUGAGAAAUGUUGUGAAUA